AUGAUAAAACAAUGCAAAAUAAAUAUUAGUCUUAUAUCACCAGGUGUACUUGUUGAAAAAUACCAUUAUGGUCCAUAUUCUCACUAUUGGUGGCAACCUUUACCUAAUUCUGAGGAAAUUACAACUUAUUUUCCUAUUCGAGUGAAGCAAACAAUUAAAGCAACGCUCAACAAUUGUGAAUUUAUUAUUACAGUAGUUGUUAGCAAUAAAGACAAUAAUAUAUUUUUAUUGGGUUAUAUGUGUCAAUGUAAUGAAAUUGUAGGAAUUGCAAAUGAUCCGAUUAAUGCUAUUUCUGAAAAUGACGAAAAUAUAGUAAAUAAAUUGAAUAAAGAUGUUCCUUUUACUUCUCAUUCCUUUUUACUUGAAAAAAUAAAAGUAUUUGUAUAUGGGAUGGGAUAUUCAACGAAUAUAGAUUGGCAUUGUGCUGGACUGGAAUAUAAAUCUUCACUUCUUCAUAAAUUUGGAGAUAAAUAG